AUGGCGCCGCUCGAGAUGCCUUCUACUGGUGUUACUACUCGAAAAGGUUCUACUCCAGCUACUAGUAAAUCGCCAAAAGACAGUCAAAAAGACAGCCAGAAGAGAAUUCUUUCCUCUGAGUCCUCUCCAAAACGUACGCAGGAAAAUUCCAUGCAAAUAACAAUGGAGUCAAUUCAAACACAGCUGACCGAGAUUAACAAUGAACUCAACAAGAGUUACCAAGAAAAGUUCGAGAAGAAACUGUACGAUGAAGUUGUAAAACUCAGAGAAGAGAAUGAGAAACUACAUCAAGAAAACAAACAUUUGCAGAAAGAAAUUAGGGAACACGAAGAAGUACUAAACGAUCUACAUAACAGAACGGAAGAAAACAAAUGGAUGACAAGGUCAGCAAUAUCAAAAACAAAUUUCAAUGAACAAUAUUCGAGGAAGAAUAACUUAAAAAUUCAUGGUGUACCAGAGAAGAAAGGGGAAGAACCCUUACGGGUAGUAAAUGAAGUACUCGAGGAAGUGGGUGAACAGAUUAAAGAAGAUGACGUUUUAGCAAUCCACAGGAUUCAAGGAAGGAAAGACGAACAUCGACCUAUUAUAAUAAAGCUUAAAACCAUGGACGCCAAAGUAAAGAUCAUGAAGAAACGAUCGGACAUUAAAGAACUAGACUUACAGAAUGAUGUCAAGGUCAAAGUAACAGAUGAUGUAACACAUUAG